UAAAUGCAGUUCAGACUACCCGAUCAGUCUCCAUUGAGAGCUGGAUUUCAAAGGUUGGCAUCGGAGCAGAUUCCUAAAAUUUAAUAUAGUUAUUCACAGAAUUCUCCAAAAUGUCUUCGUCGGAGAUGGCUUUAAUUUUAGUCAUAGCAUUAAUGGCAGUUGUGAAUGCUGAAGGAGGAAUGAACAUCAAUAUCAAACAACCAAACGCACAAGUAUAUCAUCAGCAAAGUUCUCGCAAUGAUCAAUUCACCUAUGGCUACCAUGUGGAUACCGUAAGUAAUCAAUUCCAACAUAAAGUAAAAGGUCCUGAUGACGUAACUUACGGAUGUUAUGGAUAUGUAGAUCCUGCAAAUAAGAAGCAUCUGGUUUAUUACGUUGCUGAUCGUAUGGGAUAUAGAAUUAUUUUCCCGAAUAGACCAACCAAAAUUUUUACUGAAAGGGUUUCGGACAGCUUGAACAAACUUGAUGGAGCGGUGAAAAGUAAAAACUACGAUGAAAAAGUUGUUGCUUGGAAUGAUCUCUACUUACCCGAAGCAUGUUUCCGUCUAGAAGAAAUUUUGUCUUCGGCGGCAUCUAAUGUGCAUCACCAAUCCGUACAUCCGCAAAAAGUUGCCACCACUACUCCUAGAGUAGAACCAAUCUAUGUUCAACCUGAACUUCCCACUCCAACUCAGUAUUCGAUUCCCACGACUCCUGCGACAAGUUAUGUUCAUACAAGUCAGCAUGGAGACCGGUAUACUGGACCAAUAUAUCAAGGAGAAGAUUUUACAAGUGGGCGUGGAUCGCAUCAACAGCAGAGAAAUGAGAACAAUUUGGAACAGGUUCAACAAACUGUACCAGCCUGGUCUGGUUCUCUUCCAGACAUCAACCCAGCCAAUAUCAAUCUGGACCAAUUCAACAUCCACGCAACAAGUGAAGAUUCGACGAGUUCUGCAUCGACGACCCAAUUCAGUUCUCAGCAGUUUCAAAGUUUGAACAUAACUCAGUUAUUGGCGCAAAUUGACGCAGUUAAUUCUCAAGUUAUUACGCUCAACAUGCUGCUGGCUGGCAUGGCAAAUAAUCCAAAUGCUUUCAGCAGCGCUAAUGAGGGAAGCUGCAAAACAGUAGUUCAACUUCUUCGAAAUCAGAAAACCACACCGCAGCUCGUUUACGUUCCUAUUCUAAUCCCAUACGUCGAAGGUCAAUACAAUGUAAAUCAACCGUUCGGAAAUACAGCUGGACGUUAUCAGCAGCAGAAACCGUGCCAUCGUUGUCCGUGAUAACAGCAUUGUUUAUGCGAAAUAAAACGGUGGAUGAUUUAGAACGUGAGUUAUACUGUACUCGAA